UGGUACCUGAAGAAGUAUAGAGUUUGAUACCUGUAUGAUAUAUGGUAUGUUAAGAAUGGCACAUGGUUCCAUUCAUGGCAGGCAAGGAACAGUUUGGGGGCAUUUAAAAUAUAUGCAUCAUCUGUGGACCGGGAGUUGAUUUUCAGGUCAGUAGGUGUAGGGCAUUGCUGUUUGUGUGCUCUAAAUACUGCGUAUCGGAACGGAUUCUGACGACCAAUUGUGAGGCCUGAUAUUGAUCCGUGAGCGGCUUAAAGGAUUUGUGGCAGAAUCAGGUGAUGUCAUUCAUAGUGUAAUAGGUUUUCAAGUUUUGGUGGAGUUUCUCCGCUGGCUCAGUGCUUGGAUGAGUAAGGGACAGGCUGACAUGAGCAUGUCUAUUGACCUGAGCUGGUCUGGCUGAGUCAGGCGUUAACCUGUCCAAGCCAGUUAACGAGUAGUGUAGACAACUGUGCUGAGGGUCCAGACAAGAGCAGCCAAGCCCAGCCAAGCCCCUCAUCUUUUUUCACCUCACUACAUGUAUAACAAUCCGCCUGCGAGGCCUGUAGCAUGGAUUCACACCCGGUUACUCCACAGCAUAGCCAGCCCUAUCACAGAAACAAUAGCCGGCUCACAAAGCUACUAAUUCCUGACGUUACAAGCUGUGGAAAUCCCAAGCAUAUCUAGCGGGAGUUUCCAUUGGCCACUGGCAGUCAGACAAUAGUGGUUGUGCUGGGUUAGUUUUUACCUGACUGCCAGAUUGAAGUCUUUGAUAGUUUUUCUGCUGGCGUGUCAGCUAGAGCACAGAUUCUGGACUGGCUACAUGUAGAGUGUCUCGCUGGGAAAGCAACGGCUGUGGCAUGUGCAAGAUCUUUACCACCAUUACCCCCAUGGGAAUACUCUCCAGUGCCCCUGGAUAUAUGACGUAGAUAUACCCAGCCUUGGAGACAGCGAGGCGAUCUGGGUGAGUUCUUACCAUCACCUCCACCUGACCAUGUCCGGGGCACAUAGCCCUCAUAAUCACGAUCUGACGCCCGAUUACAAAGCUUGUUGUGGCCUGUGCACUGACCAUGGCAUGUCUCCUUCCACAGAAGUGUGGUAACAUACAUGUAUGUAAAUCCCGCUGAACACAGCUUUCACUGACAGAAGAAUAUAGGAUAGCAUCAGCUUGAGUUUUGAUGCUGAAAAACUCAGGUUCUUGUUUGUGAGAUUAGUGCUGUGCAAAAAUGCUGUGUGAUGACUGUACACCAGAUGAGGAAGGGACAGAGAAAUCUGAUGUGUUUAUAAUCAUUUGUACAACUAACUUGGUCUUUUCGAAAUUGAAGAUGGCAUAGUGAGUGUAACCUGAGGAUCUUCAUCUGUAACUAGUUUAAUACAAACUGUGAAGCAGUCAAGAAAAUGGUUGAAAGUGAGGAUCCAUUAAAAAUAUCCAUAAACGUUCCACGUCCAACUAUGUGUUUCAUGGAACUAUGGCUGCAAAAGAGAGUUCAGAGGUAACCAAAACAGAAGAGUAAUUUGGAACCUGUUUCUUUUUGAAGAAUACAAACCAAUGAACCUUUCCAAUCUUGCCACUUUAAGAUCAAAUUCCUGAAAGGAGACAUGGGUGAUAGUGCUGGUUCACUUAAAAGUAGUGAGAAAAUAGCAGUUUCAGUGGGAGCUGUUGCUGAAACUGAACUUCAGACAAAACCUAGCGGUUGCAGUUCCUCUUCAAAGGGAACAGUUACUGAGAGUGAAGAUCUGCACAGAAUUGCAUGUGUAAGAUUUGUUUCAAAAAAAGUUCUUACUGAAUCAGGAUGUUCCACUAAAGCUGUCCCUGUUAGGCCAGUAUCCAAGGCAGUUUUGGCUGAAACUCUUGGUCAUUCAAGAAGUGCUUCCACGCGACCAGUUUCAAAAAGAAAAAAGUGUGAAAGCGAAUGCCUGUACAACAGCGCCAUCCACAGACCACUGUCUGUAAGAAUUUCAUCUGAAACAGUCUUUUCAGGGAACUGCGAAGCUGAAAAAGCUGUAAAACUAAUGGCUGAAACUGAUAGUGCUUCUAAAAGUGCCAGUCACAGACCCCUGUCAGUGAAGAUUGUAGCUGAACCAGAAAGAUUAUCUAACAGCGCCAGGUGUAAAUCCAUGUCAGCUGGAAUAGUGGCAGAAACAACCAAGAGCAGCAUAGGUAGAUGUGAUGCGGGUUCUGCAGGUGUGGCCAGUGUCUCAUCCAUUGGCACCAACAAGCCUGGUGACAGCGACAGUUUGUGUACACUGGAGAAGGUGUCCAUGAUGGAGGAUGCCGAUCUUGUGGAAACAGACUCCGAUAAUGAAGACGAUCCACCUUUCCUGGAGCAGUACAGUGACCAGGACUAUGAUGACAGUGAGUUUGAAGCAGGACUCUCGGACACGGGUGCUGCAAAUGGUGAUAGUUUCAAUGAUGGAGAGGAGGCUGCAGAUGAUGUGGCUAACUGGAACAGUAACUUGGACUACCUGUUCUGCUGUCUGGGGUUUGUUUGUGGCCUCAGCAACAUUCUACAGUUCCCAUGUCUGGCAGCUAAGUACGGAGGUGCGACAUUUUGCCUGGCGUACUCCAUGGUUGUAUUCCUAUGUGGUGUCCCCAUGGUCUAUCUUGAGACAGUCAUUGGUCAAUUCUCUGGCCAUGGACCAAUCAAAUCUUGGACCAUUGUUCCACUUUUUUCAGGCUUGGGUUUUGCUAUGGUGCUGAUAUCGAUUUUGAUCAGUAUCUAUCACAGUAUUUACGUCACCUGGAUUGUCUAUUACCUGGGUCUGAUGUUUUCACCUGACCUCACAGGCAUAAAUUCCUCAGCAAUAAAUCCCGUCAACUAUUCACAAUCAUCCUCCGUACUGGAUGAAGGGCCCGUCAUCAAACGUCCAUUUGAAGCUAAUUCCCCAAAUCGCUACACCCUCCAUUCCUCACACAGUGGAAUUUUGUUUCAUGACCAAGUGUUGUCCCUGAGUGAGGGGGCUGACAGACUCGGGGAUGUCCAGCCUCUCCUCCUGGCCUGUCUUCUCCUUACCUGGCUCACAGUCUGUCUGCUACUGACCCAGGGGACCAGAAUCAUGCCUAAGGUGCUAUACAUUCUCAUUCCAUUACCUGUCAUUCUCAUCAUCUCACUUCUCAUCCGGAGCUGUUUUGUAGAGGGUGCUGUAGAGGGCAUCCGUUUUUACCUAACCCCAAACUGGUACAACCUGAUCUGCCCAGAAAUGUGGUGGGAUGUGAGCAGACAAGUGUUUUUCUCGCUAGGCCUUGGUACGGGAGCACUCAUUUCCCUCAGUAGCCGGUCAGACUUCCAUAGCAACUGUCACAGGAAUGCCUUAGUAAUAACCGUGGGGAACGUGUUCAGCUCUGUGUUCACUGGAUUCCUUGUUUUCUCUUUACUUGGAGCAAUAAGUCAUAAACAUAAUACCUCACCUGAGGAGUUGAUAUCCUAUGAUACGGAUGUCAGUUUCCUCCUUGUGUUAGAAGUUUUGGGCGGUGGUCCUGGUGGCACUGUGUGGGCAGGGCUAUUUUUCCUCCUACUGUGUAUAGUGGGCCUCAGUCGUCAGUGUUUUCUCGUCCAUAAUAUCAUCACCUCUGCCAAAGAGCUCAUUGCUGGUCAAGAGGGCUGCUCCAGACAAGGGCACAUAACUCUAACAGGAUUGACAUGUAUUCUCCUCUGUUUGCCAGCUAUGGCUCUUACCACUCAGGCAGGUAUGUACGUGGCACGCCUGCUGAACGAGUUUGUGUGCAAAUGGGGCCUGUUUUUCCUGUGCCUGUGUGAGUGUGUCACUGUGAUGUGGGUGUAUGGGGGUCCAAGGUUCCUCAGCUGUGUCACCCAGAUGUGCCGCAGGCAAGAUAACCUAUGGUGGAGGGUCAUGUGGAGCGGCGUCACACCCGCAGCCUGUCUGGUGAUACUCUUCUUGACCUGGUGGGGACACGACCCCCUGAGCUAUGGAGACUACAGUUAUCCCCCUUCCCUGGAGGCUGUUGGGUGGUUUAUCUCUUGUCUCCCUAUCACCGCUAUAUCCCUAGGGGUGUUGAUCAAGUUUGGCCUUUCUCCAGGCUCAUUCAGACGGAGACUGGACCUGUUAACCAAAACACCUGCUGACUGGGGAAGAGGUCACUCAGGGGAGAUAAUUAUUCCAGAGUACAUAGCCUGUAGUCCAGAGGAUCCCCUAAAGGAGCCAGUUAUCCCCCCUGACGUUACCUCUGGACUUCUGUGGAACAUGUUUGCUCUGGCAUCUGUGGCCGAGGUCAGAGUUCCUCAGAUUUACAACCAGACUCAGGACAUGAGUCCAGGAGGAGGCUACCUCACCGACAUGGUGGACAUUGAUGGCUACAGUGCGGACACCAACUCCUCUGACGAUGAAAACAAGGUGCGAGGAAACUGGGCGGGCAAGCUGGAGUUUAUCAUGUCAGGCCUUGGUUAUGUGGUGGGACUGGGAAAUGUCUGGAGAUUUCCUUAUCUGGUCUAUCGUAAUGGAGGAGGAGCAUUUUUCAUCCCAUACUUGACAAUGUUGAUAUUCUGUGGCAUACCCCUGGUGUUCAUGGAGCUUUCGUUUGGGCAGUAUGCCAGCCUGGGGCCUAUCUCAAUGUGGAAGUCUGUUCCUCUUCUCAAAGGUGUUGGUGUCUCCAUGGUGAUAAUCUCUGCCUUAGUGAGCCUCUAUUCCAACAUGGUAGUGGCAUGGUCAUUCCUCUAUCUGUUCACCUCCAUGACGAGCAAGCUCCCAUGGAUCUCCUGCAAAAAUACCUGGAACACUGUAUGGUGCAAUGCCAAUAUCUUGUUGCCAGGAAACUGUUCUGCAGAUUCCACGUCAUUAACAAACUCCAGUCAGCAGCCAUCUUACAACAUGUCAGAACAGUAUUCAGGGGACAUCACUCCAAAUGGCUUUGACCCGUUCUGUACUCAGUGGUCUGUUAAUACGACUAACAACACACUAUCAGUACUGCACAAGGAUGGUUUUCGCUAUAAUACCCCGAGUGAAGAGUUCUUCUAUUUGUACAUCCUGAACAUAUCUGGGACUAUCGGUGAGCUUGGACACAUCCAGUGGAAGCUUGCUCUCACUCUGUUACUCGCCUGGACCCUUAUUUUCAUUUUCCUGGUCCGGGGUAUCAAGUCAUCUGGCAAGGUGAUGUACCUGAUCGUGAUUGUACCGUACCUGACCAUCCUCACCCUACUCAUUCAGAGUACAACCAUGGAUGGUUACCUGGAUGGCAUCAAGUACUACGUGACGCCAAACUGGAGCUUGCUGGGGGAAGCCAGAGUGUGGAGCGAUGCUGCCGCCCAGAUUUUCUUCUCUCUCUCCGUCUGCUGGGGUGGCCUCUCUACACUAGCCAGUUACAACAAAUUCCAGAAUAAUAUAUAUAGGGAUGCUUUGAUCAUAUGCUUAGGAGAUACACUCAUGAGCGUGCUGGCUGGCUUUAGUGUAUUCUCCAUGAUUGGGGUUCUGGGGAAACAGCUGAACACUACAGUUGAGAAUGUCAUACAGUCUGAUGUGGGUCUUACCUUCAUUGCCUACCCUGAAGCAAUAUCCAGGUUCCCGAUCUCCCCGCUCUGGUCUGUCCUGUUCUUCCUGAUGCUGUGCAUGAUAGGGUUGAGCACACAGAUAACCACCGUAGAGACCAUCGUAACAGCCAUCGUUGAUGAGAACAUGCCACUGCUGAAGAGACGACGAGUGUGGAUGUUACUCUUCCUCUGUUGUUUGCUCUACCUGCUUGGUCUGCCCCUCACCACUCAGGGAGGUAUAUACUGGCUACAGCUGAUGGACGAGUACUUGGCUGGCUGGUCAGUGAUGGUCCUUGGUAUCAUUAUGUGCUUAGGCCUGUGUUAUCUGUAUGGGGUGAACAAGUUCCGGUUGAACAUCAUGCAGAUGGUGGGUGAGAUGCCCAGUCUGUGGUGGAAGAUUAUGUGGUGUUUGAUCAGCCCUUUGGUCAUUGUGUUUAUAUUGAUAUUUGCCAUGGUGGACUAUGCUCCAGCAAAGUUUGGCUUGCGUAUCUUUCCGCCCUGGGCUCAGGCUGUAGGUUUCUGCUUGACCAUUGUACCGUUGCUGCCCAUCCCCUUUUACAUGGUGUAUAGAAUCGUUUCCCAGGAAGGAACUUUCUUACAGAAAAUAAAGUCUAGCUAUCAAGCAGACACAGAUUGGGGUCCAGCUCUGGGGAAGUACUGGGACAUCCAGUACAUGCCAACUGUCACUGCCCUCAUCAAUCAACCUAUUCAUGACUUGGGAGUCAGCUCUAUAGAGACUGUCACAGAGAGAGUGGAAUUCACGACGACGGGUGUGAGAACGGGAUGUUUAUCUGAGUCUAGUCUGCUGACAGGGUCAACAAAUUUGAACUCUCCAAUCAGCCGUAAACACUAUGACAACAUACGUCAACGAGCCAUUUUACAACAUGCCUAUAGCAAUCCUCAGUGUAAUGCAUCCCUCUAUAAUUCAUCCAGUGAGAAACUACAAGUGUCCAGACAGAACAGCAGUAACUCUGAUUACAUUAUAAUGCCGAGGAAGAAAAGGGCGGUGGAGAUGUGUGAUAAGUCAACGCAGACUGGCCGUGGCUACAUAUCCAGUCUGUCACUAAAGAAUGUAUCAGGGGAGAUAAUCGCUGGCAAUGGGGAGUCAACUAAUUGCCCAGUGGCAGUUGAAAUGGACAACAUGGAGCCUCCUAGUUAUCCAGAAGAAGCUGAAGUAGACAAUGAGGAGUCCACUGGUUAUCCAAUAGAAGUAGAGAUUGAGAUGACCAAGCUGUGAAGUCAGGGGUGUGAGGAAACCUACAUGUAGCCCAUGCAUUAAAGUUUUUGUACAUGGAACUGUACACAAGACUGUGUUUCUCAUGUGUGUGUGGUCACAGUGUCUGAUUUAACUUGGAUGUCUGCUGCCGGUGAAGAGUGUCUAAUUUUCCAUGGUGUCUGGUGACAGUGAAGAGUGUCUGAUUUUCCAUGGUGUCUGGUGAUAGUGAAGAUUAUGUCAUUUUCCAUGCUGUCUGGCAACAGUGAAGAGUGAUUUCCCAUGCCGUGGAGUCUGGUGACACAGUUUUUGUAUUUUGUGACACAGUUGUGCCUGGAUUUCCAUGGAUAUCUGAUGGCAUGGCUGUAUUUGUGUAUCUGCAUUUAGUUGAAUGCCUUAUGGCAUGGCUGUAUUUAUUUAUGUGGAUUCUCUGAAUGUCUGAUGGCAUGGCUGUUUUUGUGUUUAUGGAUCUCUAUGGAUGUCUGAUGACACAAGAUGUACAUGUAUCAUUUCACAUACCUAGUUCAACAAGUACAGUUUGGAUGGUUUCACACAAAUAUACAUUUGUAGUUUCUUACAGAUAUAUUGUUUACAAAUGUUGAAGUAGUUCAUGGAUAUAUUGUUUACACGUGUAAACGUAGUUUAUGGAUAUAUUGUUUACACAUGUAGAAGUAGUUCAUGGAUAUAUUGUUUACACAUGUAGAAGUAGUUCAUGGAUAUAUUGUUUACACAUGUAGAAGUAGUUCAUGGAUAUAUUGUUUACACAUGUAAGAGUAGUUCAUGGAUAUAUUGUUUACACAUGAGAAGUAGUUCAUGGAUAUAUUGUUAACACAUGUAGAAGUAGGUCAACAUGAAUACAGUGUCAUGACACAGAUAUGUAUCAUAAAUGCACAAGUAUAUUCUUUUGCAAACAUUUUGGAGAAGUUUGUUUUCUUUGAGAUGAAAACGAGUUUUACGGGUACUUUGAUUCAGAAUUUGGGAUAGUUCAUGCUCUUGUAUAUUGUGCAUGCAGGUAUUGAGUACCAAAUACAGCACUAUAUUAUUGUUUAUUUCAUGUGGACGUGUAUCAAUGAAUAGAUAUCAAAUAUUUUUACGUGAUAUGUUAGAAUUUAAUUUUUUUUAAUAUAAAAAGGGAAUGUUACAGGAAAAACUUGAGUUUCAGUACAUGUAUCUAAUGGCUAUACAAACAAUGGACAUGGAACCUACAGUAGUAACAUGUUUUGUUAAUUUUCAGCUCAUCUUAAAUGUAUAUGCUUGUAAAUGUAUAUGUACAAACCUGUAUCAAGUCCUUCCAGUUUUAAUAAAAUAAUUGUUAUCCCAAAUAGUAAAAGAGACAGAUAAUUGUCUGGGUGUGGAGCCACAUUCACUAAACUUCGAAUUUUGUAGCUUUUCUUGUAAGUGACAUCACCUUAUGGCACUAUAUUAUUACAAACCUAGACAACGUCUUUUACGAAAAAUAUUACGAGAAGUGAUAGUUACAAAGUUUUGUGGCCCUAGUAUGUCUGUCAUGAUGUGGUUCCACGCAGUAAUUGCUCGAUGUUAUCCAAUGUUGAUAAAAUUUUGUGUGCAGGUUCACUUUGCAGAACUUCAGGUACAUGUAGAGUUUGAAAAUUAGCCCUUCCUGUGCAUACAUGUGAGAUCUGCAUAUUUAAUGAAUUCAGCAAUUUUCAUUGGUUAUCAGUUUACCUGCAUAAACUGCCAUAAUGUCGGAUUUGGCCCAGAAAAUUUGGUAGAGGUUCAUUGUGUUCAAAUGUCCAAUCGAGUUUGAAUAACAACUGGAUACAUGCCUGAGUUAUGUGUGUUUAAAGAUUUCCUUGAUCCUUAUGUGUAAAUUGUUUCUGCAACAACUUCUUCAAAUAUUUUAUGAUUUCUAUAAAUUAUUGUUUGCAGAUUCAUAUUGUGUUCCAUCAGGUCAAGAUCGAAAACAAGUUUGUUUCUUGUUUUACACAUUUAGUAUGGUGUAUAAUAAAAUUAGAUGGUGUUUUUAAUUUUUAGAAUGAUAUCAGUGCUAAACACAAAGCUGCAUGAAGGGAAAUUAAUCACAGGUUGUCAUGGAAAUGACCUGCUUAAUAUUGCUUGGAAUCAAUUUCUAAACUUUCUGUAAUUACUAAAUACAUAUACAGUGUCAUUAGUUGUACUACAUGAACUGUUCCACUUCAGGUACUGCAGAGACUGUGAGCAUGUCAUAUACACGGAUUGAAGGCUUGAUUAAUGGAAUGCUUAAGUAAUACUAGAGAAAUUCAUUAUUGGCAAAAAAUAUUUUUUUUAUAAAUGGAAUCUGUUGUUGAUAGAUACAGGCUGUAGUCCAGAGCUAAUGGCAUAAGUGUAGCCACAUCUAGAUGCAGCAUGUUGAUAGGGUAGCAUGUGAUGUAAUACGGGCUAGCCGAGCUAUCAUACUCAUGCCUCAUUUAAUACCCAAAACGCCAAAGGCCAUGCCAUGUCUGGCAUGAUUCAGACUGUACAAGUUUGAGGCUGAUGUCUGGGCUAGACUUGCCAUCUGUAUUGUCUGUCUGUCCAUAGAAGUCUACAGUACACAUUGUAACACAUUUAAAUGCACACUGAACAUAUGAAAAUAUAUUAUUCAUUCUGUACAAGUCUAAUGUCUGCAAAAAGAUGUAAUUAUAGUUCAUUUAUGUAUAAAUCUACAUACACAGGUACAUAUGCGUUUAUAUCGGGGGUUUUUUCUUUCUCAAAACAAACAGUAAAGGAAAGCAGGCAUCCAAUAUGUUUUUGUACAGUAUGUAAAUAUCUCUAGGUAUUAACUGCUAGUAGUGCCUUACACACAAAGACACGUGUUUAAAAUGUUGAUAUUUGUUACAGAAACUUUGUAUAGAAAAAUGACACCCUGAAAAAUUGCACAUGCACAUAUAAAUUAUAAAUGCACAUGGACAUUUAAUUCCAGUCAGUAUGGUUUUGUAUAUAUGUUUUCAUGAUGAGUCUAAGUGAAAAUUAUGUGUGAAUAGUCAUGUUUAGUGAAAAGUCUACAUACUGACAUGUUUAUUAAGUGAAAAUGUCUUCAUAUGCAGACACGUUUAGUAACUAAAAGGAUUGUAUAUACAGACACAUUUACAUGUACAUGUAUUAAGUGAAAAGUCUGUAUGUACAGACAUGUUUAUAAAGUAAAAAGACUGCAUAUGGACAUGUUUAUUAAGUGACAUCUGUAUAUAUACAGACAUUUAUUAGUUGACAGAUCUGUGCAUAAAAAUAGUGCACAAGGAUGGGAGAGUGAAAUUAUAUUUUAUAUUCCAGAAGCAUAUAGAAUGCAGAUAACUUUUUAAAGGUUUUUCCUUAAUUGUACUGUGCAGGGUAUGGGAUUUAAAUGUGAAUGUUAAAGGUGUACAUAUUGUACAUGUGUGCAUUGCUUUUUGAUGUUUCCUGCUUGCAGAUAUAAGUGCUUUUUAAAAUUAACACAAUUUUUAUAUGGAGAAACAUAUACCGGUAAUUGUCACAUGAAAUACAAAUACUCUUUAGUUUAUAAUGAUUCAUGUAGCAAAUAUGUUUGUACUGUACUGUAAUGAUGCAUAAAUAUUUACCUGUACAUGCCAAAAGAGAAUUAAAUAAAGUACUGCAGUCCAGUAUGGUGGACAUCUCCAGUGUUUCAUCA